ACCUGACUCUGAUCAACAAGUGGCAAGUGGAAAGUAGAGCGUCCUGCAACUCACUCGGUAAAGUGUUCGGUUUCUGAAAAGUUCUCUAAAAGUUCCCAAAAGAAAAUUUCGAAAGAAAAUUAUAACUGACGUCGGACAAUUUGCGUGCAGCUUGCGAAAUAAAAUUUAUUGAAAAAUGUGGUACAGCAAGUGCAGUUGGACUUUGGUAGUGUUGGUGGCGCUCUUUGCUCUCGUGACAGGUUCCUGCCUGGAAUACGGACAUUCCUGUUGGGGAGCUCAUGGCAAGCGAUCCGGUGGCAAGGCGGUCGUAGAUGCUAAGCAGCAGCCCUUACCAGGUGCAUAUGCGUUGGAUAGCGUGGUGGAACAACUAUACAACAACAACAACCAGAACAACAACAACAACAACAACCAAAACAACCAGGAUGAUAACAACAACAGUGACGACGACAGCAAUGACAUCACGAUCACGAAUAGUGGCAACAACUUGCCCUUGGCAGCUCCAGCCAUUCUAAAGUCGGAGGAUCGGCGAAUCGGUGGCCUGAAGUGGGCGCAGCUGAUGCGGCAGCACCGCUACCAAUUGCGCCAGUUGCAGGAUCAGCAGCCGCAGCAGCAGGGGCGUGGCAGGGGCAGGGGCAGGCAGUACGAUGCGGCAGCCGAGAGUUGGCGGAAGUUGCAGCAGGCACUGCAGGCUCAGAUCGAUGCCGACAAUGAGAACUCGGGCUACGAGCUCACGAAGUGAACUUUGCGAACCCAAUUGCCAAAUUGAAAUUAUGCAGCUAAUACGCUAGCUAAGCCAGAAGAACAAAUGAAAAAGCGAAAUGAAAAGAUAUUUAACACACGCGAUCAUUGCAUGCCGGGCAUCAAUUAAAAAAAAACCCAAUUUAAAUCAAUUACAGCAGUCGGAUGAAGAGAUCGGAGCAGGCACUAAAAAUGUAGAAUUCGUUGUGGUUUUUUAUUAUUAAACUUACUGAGCCGAUCAGUGGAAUCCUUUUUGGCCAUAUUGCGUCACUGGCUGGAUGCCGCAAUAAUGGCCUGCUUCGUUUUCGUUCACUUAACCGUACUUAAUCCCUAACUAACUAAGCAUAUGCAGAUACGAUCUUAAGAAUUAC